UAUAUCCGCUGCCGCCAUUUCGAUGAUGACGGCGUAUUUUUUGUGAGAGAUAUUCGAGUCGCGGAGCGAGUCGGUGUUCGUCGCGCGGGGUUGCGGGCUGCGGCCGUCAGUCGUCGGGUGAGCGGGGUGCGACGUAAACGCGGACUCGGACUAUGGCGGAAGGGCUGAUCCUCAUUCCCAUAAAAGGGUCGAGUUGAUUGUGUGCAGAUACGUGUGGUCCCCCUGCGCCCGGCACACAAGCAGCACUAAACACUAUGAAACAUACAAAUUGAAAAUGGCUUUUAAAAAGUAAACAUUAUCUAUUGUUGACGUUUUGUUGUAUUGUUCAUGGAACAAGAGAGAAUACUUAUGUAUACAUGAUUGAAUAGUUGUUGGUAAAAUAGAUUUUAAGCCUGGACUGGCAAAAAUCAUAUCUUCCAAAGAAGAGAAUAUACAAAAAACAAAUAUGGCUACGCAAAGGUUUUGUUUGCGGUGGAAUAACCACCAAUCUAACAUGUUGUCUGUGUUUGACCAACUACUUCAUGCGGAGACGUUCACAGACGUCACUCUUGCUGUUGAUGGACAGUUGCUGAAAGCACACAAGAUGGUCCUAUCAGCUUGCAGUCCUUACUUUCAAGCUCUCUUUGUUAACCACCAAGAAAAGCAUCCCAUUGUUAUAUUGAAAGAUGUUCCGUAUUCGGACAUGAAGAGUUUACUUGACUUCAUGUACAGAGGGGAAGUAAGUGUGGACCAGGAACGUUUAACAGCUUUCUUAAAAGUAGCCGAAAGCUUAAGAAUAAAAGGUCUGACAGAAGUGAAUGAGGAAAAGUGUGAUAUUCCAGCCUUAACUAACUCGUUAAUACAACAGCAGAGUAAUGCGCACACGCCUCCCCCGCAGCUUCACAGAAUACACCCAUACAUGCAUCAAAAACGACCGGCAUCCGGGAUGCCUAGCGGAGGGGCGCCCCCCAAUUUAUUAAUGCCCUUAUUGGGUAACGCAUUGAUGCAACCAAAAAGAAAACGAGGCCGACCGAGAAAACUGAGUGGAAGUUCAAGUGACGCACUGAAUACAGCGGCCAGUCCUCCUGGAGAAUUCGUUCCUGAGCCUGCCUCUCACGGAUCGUCGAACAGACCUGGUGACCAACUGAUAAGAGGCUCGCCAGAAAUGUUGGAAGUUAAGAUGUCCAUGGAUAGCUUCAACGCUGAGGACGGCGCGACGUCGGGGGGUGAGGAGGCAGGCGAGGCCCUGCUCAUCGACGAGGGCGAUGACGCUCAAUCGACUGAAGCUCCGAUGACUGGCAAAGAUUCCGAGUCUGCAGAUCCUGAAAAACCACCAAAAGAAGAAAUACAACAAAACUUUUCAACAAACGGGCCCGUACUUUCCAUAGAGAAUGGAUCUAUAAAACAAGAACCCGCAGCUGAGCUUAACGACGGUUACAAUGAACCAAUCGAAUAUAAAUACAAUCCUGACCGAAGCCGCGAGAACUCUAAUUCACAGGAAGGCCCUAUUAAAGACACAGAAGACAAAAACAGACUAGGUCGUAACUUAAAGCCAAAGAAUAGUAAAAAAUUGCUACCCCAAAUGUCAAAAAUUAGAGCUCGAAACUUGUUCAAUCAACUUUCUGGGCUUUCCAGUUUAAAUCCCGCGCUGAGUACGUUCGAUAAAUUCCCCCCAGACCCGGUUCUGAUGCCAGCUCUCGCCACACAGCUUUUCGCCGCUGAAUUGGAGCAAAAUAACCUCAACAUGGCUAAUAACGAGGUAUCCGAUUUAGCGCAGACCAACUGGGAACAUCGUAUAUUCCCUUCGCCUAUAAGGAAGGCAAAUAUGGGUAGUGUCGGUAAUUAUCACGAGGAGACCAACGAGUCUGUGAGAGAUUAUUGCAUAAAAGAAGGAGAAAAUGUAUUCAGAUGUAAAAUAUGCGCGAGAGUCUACACGCAUAUAAGUAAUUUCUGUAGGCACUACGUCACUUCUCACAAGAAAGAUGUAAAAGUUUUCCCAUGUCCCAUUUGCUUCAAAGAGUUCACUCGAAAAGAUAACAUGAUCGCUCACUUGAAGAUCAUUCACAAAAAUCAGCCGAAUGCUAACGAGCAGAUGGCGAAGCAGGAGUCUUAAUGUAUUCACAAGUUUUAGAUUGUCGACAACACUCAGUAGUACUCUUUGUCGCAGAUGUAUUAAGAUCUGAUUAGCCAGAGUAGAAUUUAUUCAUGUUAUACGUUAACUUAAAAUUUGGAUUUUCAAUAGUUUAAUAAAGCGUAGAUUGCGUAUUGAGUAAGCGUUCGAGCUCUAAGUUUCAUACAUAUGUCAAUAAGUUUGUUGAUAUUAGACGACUCCGGUCGUUUGUUGUUAAUAUAUUUAUCUCUUUAUUUAUAUUGUUCCAUUUGUUUCUCAGAGUGCUGACUUCAAAGAGAUUUAUAAAAUUUUCUAUGAUUUACUUGUUAUUUUGCACUUAACUUGUUACUUAAUUUUAUUAGUUACAACAUUUUCAGGGUACAAAAUAAACUACUCAUGGUGAUCGUAAAUUCAAAAGUAGUGUAAUUUUUAUGUGCUGAAUAUUAAUGCAAUUCUCAUUGAACUGAAUUAGUUAGUUUAAGUUUAGUUAAUAUAUUUAUGAGUUAUUGCAAUGGCAUAGUCUUUUUGUAAAUCGAGGGUGGUGUUGCGACGGAGUUAGGCAUCAGCGCUGUUGAGUAUCACAAGAGGCUAAACUAUCUCUUUAUAAAAAGACUUGAUAACAAAAUGCCAUUGCGUAAGUAGUAGCGGAAAAUGCAUUUUCAUUUAACUUGCCUUAAUAGUGAUCUUAGUUGUAGAUGACGAUUUGACUUCUUCGAAGUAAAACUCAACACAGGCUAUGAUUUUAUUUUGUAGAGUUUGUUAAGAAUAAUUUAUAAUAGUUUAUCAAUGUUGAAAUAUUUGGUUGUAAAUGUUAUUAUGCUAUUCAAAUAUCUACUUAUUUAAAUCGCUUAAAUUAUACAAUAGAAUCUAUAGAAUAGUUGGUACACAGUAUCAAAGGCGAACACUGUAGAAUGCCAACACUUGAUGGUUAAUGUUCAGUUCCUGAAUAAUCAACAGAGCCCCAAAUCAUUUAGAUAUUUUAAUAAAAGUUUUUAAUUCGUAACAUAAAAAUAUAAUAGGAUUAUUAUUACUUUGUUAAAUGAUUAAAUUAUUUACGCAUAUGAAAUAUCUAUUUGUCAAAGACAAUACAACAAAUACUGUAGCUAAUGUUAUAAAGGUUAUUAGAUCGCGAACUGCAUCCGUUGUGGGGCAUGCCUUCAAUGCAGCCGCGCUCAGGACUAAGUUGAAUGUGCACUGCGGCCAUUGUCAACUGUGUGUAUCGGAGCCAGCGGGCGCAGUCGCGAUAUUAUAACCGCAAUCACAAACACAUCUACCUUAUUCACAUUUGAGUUACUAUCGAAAACAACUUUAAACAAAUGUAACAUAUUAUAUAUUUUAAAGGUUGACGUUUAAAUUGUAUAUAUUGAAAUGAUACAACAAGGCGUUGUUGUUAAAGUGAUCUUAGCAAGGUGCUUUGAAUGAAGUUUAUAUGUAACUGGAAUCAUGAGAUGAUUUGUAAAUUCUAUUUUAGUAGAAAACAAAAUGCCUUAAAUAUAAAGUAAGGAACGGUACUUAUAAAUUAUUUACUUAGUUAAAUUUAGAGGCAAAAGUAGUCUUCCAUGUAAAGAUAGCGACACGUUUUCAUAUUUCAAUUAAAACGAGAAAGUAAAAUUGUUUUAAAUAAGUAGGUAUUGUAUAAAAUGAGUUUAUAUGGAUGAUAGGUAUCUACUUCAAUAGGUAGGUACGUAUAUUAUGUUGUCGACCCAGAAACCAAAUUCUCCAAUUAUAAUAACGUAGGUCCAGGGAACGCUUGCCUAUUAGUGUGCCUUUACUUGUAUAUUAAUAAGUUUAAUAUUUAUCGACUACUAGACUACUAAGAAAUUUCAAAAAUGUUAUGUAUUAUUUAUUUUCAUUAUUCAGAGUUUACAAUGUCUACUUUAAGAAGCUUCCUUAGGAGUUUAGAAACCUUUUAGGCCCAAGUAGUUAAAUUAAACGAUGUAAUUAAAAUUAAGAAUAUAUCAUCUCAUGUUUUCCAUUUUGUUUGGAAAUCGGAACAACUCGUCAAUGUUAUUUACAAAGUGAAUAUAAAAAUUCGUAAUUUUCGAGGCGUCAGGUCUUGAUAAUCAAUAUUAAGACUGUUAAAAUUCAUAAAAACGAAUUUAUUGUACCUACCUUUCAUAAAUCUUUAUACGAAAUUUACCUUGAACACUGAUAGGUACUUAAAAAGGAAAUUUAGACUUAAUAAUGGUGAGGCUAUUAUUGAUCGAUGAAACAAAUCACUUACAUUAUGAUAGUCAAUUUAGCCAGUGCCUAAGCUUAACCUGUUCAUUUUUAGUGAACCUAAAUACUACAUGAACAUCAUAUUUAUUGUAUUAUCUACUAUGUAUAACAUAUAAAUCUAAUAUUUUGGUUUUAAAUCUAUUUAAUAAUUACAUAAUUGUAUCAGUUUUAAGUCUUAAAUUCAAGAAAGAUUAAUUAUUUAUUUUUCAAUUCCGUAUAUUUAUUAUAUUAUGUAAUAUUAUCAACUCACUAAUAAAUAAUUUUAUUAUUUGUUAAUGUUAUAUCAUAAUUGGUGCUAAAUUAUACUUAAGAAAAUGUCACAUGUGAUGUGACAUAAAAUGGAUUGUCCCUAAAAUAUACAUAAUAUUAUAUAUUGUUUGUUGAUAUUGUUGUUUUAAAAGCAUGUAUGUAAGAACAUUAUAGUCAGUCGUUACAUUUAUCCGUUGACAAAGUUAUGGGACUUAAACAUUCGCAAUUAUGUCAUUCAAAUGUUAUAUAUUAUUAUUUCUGAUUGAAACAAAAUAAUAAGAAUAUACCUAUCUAUUACAUUUGACUAUACAACCUUAAAGCAAUAUUUACUUUGUAAUAAUUACAUGAAUUACUUACAAAUAUUAAAUUGAAAGAUACUUUACCAUUGACGACAUAGAAUUUUUACUUGGAUUCAAAUAGAUGAUAAUUUUAAUCUCAUAUAAAUUACUUCCGGAUAACAAAACAACUAUAGUUUUUCUGUAUAAUAAAUUAUGUACUUAAUACGGGUUUCUUGAGGGAUUGGUCAAGUUGUUCAAUGUAAAGCACCGGUAAUACCGAGAUAGAUGCUUAUGUACCUAGGUGCCUACAACUUGUACCUAUGAAUUUUCGGCACAACAGCUGCCAAUAUGUUUUUGUUUAUAGUACCUAAUCAUAAUUAUAUAUUUGUAGAAAAUAAGGACAUUUUAUGUUGCCUAUAAACCAAUUCCUCAAACAAACCACGAACGAUAAGUUGUUAACUUUUACUCAAAAGAGUUUUAUUAAAUCUGCAGAUAAAUUAAAUAUAUUUAAAUUAUAUAUCGACUUAUCAAAACUCACACGACAAUUAUAAUAAUAUUUAUAGAAUUUAGCCAAAUGUUAAGCAAAUCCAUAUUUUUUUGUUAUUUGCACUUAGACAAUAGAAAAUGCAAAGAGUAUGUUUAGAUAAAUUUAGAAUUGAAAGUUACACGACAUAGAAUAUUUGUUAAUGAAACAAAAUACAAUGGUAUACAAUAAGGUGUUAAUUACUAUUUUUAGAAACUUUAAAGAAAAUAAUAAAAGUUACAGCAAAAACAGCCAAUAUUUUAAUGUUUCUUACUUAUUAUUUUGUUUUGAUUCUCUAUUGUUAUUUUAAGUUUUCACCUGUUUGAUUUUAUUAAUUGUGAAGUUAAAAAGGUCUACGAUCUUUCACUUGUAUAUUUAAAUUGUAUUUAUUGUUUAAACGUUAUUGUACCUAUUGUACUAUUGGCGUAUAGCAUAUCGCUAAACGUUGUAAUACCUAGUAGACAUGGAAUGUCUUGUCUUGCCGUUUGAUUUCAUACUAAACUUGGUGACACGAUAAUCAUACUUAUGUGGUCUGUCACCCGUGAUUUAUACAGCAACGAUGACGAAUACUAACGAUUUCAACAAUAUUUUAUUAUUUUUUAUAUUUAAAUAUGUAGUAGCAAAGUAACAACACGGGUUAUUAGUAAAGAGUAGAUUAAAAGUUAAGUUAUUUAUAAUAUUAUAGACAUUAAUAGUGUUGUUGACGAUGGAGUGACAUGAGAACACUGUAUAGAGAUGUUACUUAGUCACGCAGAGAGGACUGAACAGGUACGUUGUCCUAUGACGCUACUCUCACGUUUCGUAGAUGGUGUGGUUAGAGCUAGAUUACGUUUAAUGCUUUCUAUGUUGCUCAAAUUGAUGCUCUGCAAUGAACAAAGUAUUGAUUUGUUGGUCCAGUACAAAUUGUUGCUUUUUAUUUUUUAUUUAUACCAUAUUCUUAGAUAUUUCUGAUGCAAUAUUAUCCAGAUAUUGAUUAAUGAGGCUAAUAACAUGUUCCUGAUUUUUUUAUCCAAACAUGAUUGUAUCUUUUGGCUUAUUUUUCUCUGUAUGUCCAUAUUCAUACAAUAUAUUGGCAGCUAUUUUUUCGAAUUAUGUUUCUCGUGUUAAACGAAUGAACUACACAACUGCUAUAAGUUUAAUGUUACUUUUCAACUAUAAACCCACCUUAUGUGAUCUUAAGAGCUUAAGUUAACUGAAGUGUUAUUUUUAUAAUUAUGUACCUACUACUGAACUUGCCGAAAUAGUUCCAAAUGCAAACACUUGAGUCCUAUUAUGUCAUAGUGAAAUCUAUUCUUUUUUGUUAUUAUUUUUUAAUUUAUUAAUUUAUGGUUACUUUAAAAUAGUGUAAGCAGUUUGACUUUGCUACAAGUUCAUGUUUUAAAUUAAACAUCAGAUAAUUUUAUUGAACACACCCUCUGUUAUCUUUUGAAAUUUAUUUGCUUAGUGAGUUUUAAUUUAUAGGACUGAUGAUUUAAAUUUUGGUUAAUAUAUAUACACUUAGUACAUAUAUUCCAAAAUUGAUAUUAUUUCACAUUUUUCUAGUUUUAAAUGUUUUAUUUUGGAUGCAUCUCAUGGACAAGCUUACCAUUUAUAGGAUCGUCAUAAGUUAUUGACUGGUGCUAUGUUAAAUUGACAAGAUUAUUUCUGUAUAUCGAAUGGCAGCUAUUUUAAAUUGAAUAUAAUUAUUGUAAACUUGUCCACGGAAUGAUUUCAUGAAUCGUGGUUUUUCAUUUUAAUCAUGGUGUAAUAAAUUUCGUCAUUCAAUUUGAACAAAUAAAGUUAAUAUAUUUUC